AUGUCGUACACUGCUCCUACUGAUCCGGUGAAUAAGCAAGAGGUGGUGAAGUUGUCACAGCUCUGUGAGCUGUGCCAUGGUAGGAAAGCUGUCUUGAGAAGACCCAAGAAUUUGCAGAAGAUAUGUAAGGAAUGUUUCUACUAUGUUUUUGAAACCGAAAUUCACAACACUAUUGUGAGCAACAACUUGUUCCAGCGCGGCGAGAAAGUUGCUAUUGGUGCUUCUGGUGGUAAGGACUCCACUGUCCUGGCACAUAUCUUAAAAUUAUUAAACGAUAGACAUGACUACGGUGUUAAACUUGUUUUAUUAAGUAUUGACGAGGGUAUUGUUGGAUACAGAGACGAUUCACUUGCCACAGUGAAGAGAAAUCAGAAACAAUAUCAACUUCCGCUGGAGAUUGUUUCCUUUAGAGAUUUGUAUGACUGGACCAUGGAUGAGAUUGUUGCUAUUGCAGGUAUCAGAAAUAGUUGUACCUACUGUGGUGUUUUUAGAAGACAAGCACUGGAUCGUGGUGCCGCCAAACUAGAUAUUAAUCAUGUUGUUACGGGACAUAACGCGGACGACAUGGCAGAAACUGUCUUAAUGAAUAUAUUGCGUGGUGAUGUUGCUAGGUUAGAAAGAUCAACAGCCAUUAUUACACAAAGUGCAGGUUCACCGAUCAGAAGAUCCAAACCGUUCAAAUACUGCUACCAGAAGGAAAUUGUGCUGUACGCGCACUACAAAAAAUUAGAUUACUUCUCUACAGAAUGUACAUAUGCUCCAGAAGCCUUCAGAGGUACAGCUAGAGAACUUAUGAAAAACUUGGAAGCAGUACGACCAAGUUGUAUCAUUGAUAUCAUCCAAAGUGGUGAGAACCUCGUUUUGAAGAAAAAGAAGAGACAUCCUAAUAGUAAAGUAGAGUUUAAAGACGGUAACAGAUGUGAAAGAUGCGGAUAUUUAUCAAGUAACAAGAUUUGCAAGGCAUGUAUGCUAUUACAAGGACUGGAGAAAAAUCGUGCGUCUAUGAGCAUAGAUAAUGAUACAAAUGUUGAUGGUGCGGCAAGAGUAAUGCGGACAUUAGAAAAAUUAUCGUUCUAA